AGUUUUAGUUGCAAACUCCACUCUUUUAGUUUUUUAAGAUACUGAUGAACCAACUGCACGCCCUCCCAGCACAACACACAUCAGCAUGUAGGCAGAAGAGAUGUAAUUAAACUUUGCCGGCAGCACUUUGAGGUGGUGUUCCUUCUUGUACAUACCUGCCUCUUCACCAGCUGCUCCGCUCCGUGUUUUCUUUCUUCUUCAGGAACGAGCAAAGGGAGGGAUGUGCGGACCGGCAUCGGCAGCUGGCACACCUUCUCGCUCCAGCGUCAUGUUUUACCUGGCAGCAGCCGUGUCUGACUUCUACAUCCCCGCCUCGGAGAUGCCCGAGCACAAGAUCCAGUCCUCGGAGGGGCCCCUGCAGAUCACAAUGAAGAUGGUGCCAAAAAUGCUGUCUCCUCUUGUCAAAGAAUGGGCUCCGGAGGCUUUUGUUAUUUCCUUUAAAUUGGAGACAGAUCCCUUGAUUUUAAUUGAUAAAUCACUGAAGGCUCUGGAGAAAUAUCGUCACCAGGUGGUGGUAGCAAAUAUCCUGGAGUCACGGAGAACCUCUGUUAUUAUUGUAACCAAAGAUUCACAGACUCCGUUGUCUCUUUCUGAUGAAGAAAUAGCGCAAGGCAUGGAAAUAGAGGAAAAGAUAGUGAGCUAUCUUCAGGGCCAACAUACCUCGUUUAUAGAGAAGAAAAUCUGAGGUUUGGCUCUGAAUGAAUUAAAUGAAAGUGUACUAGAGAGGGAGUGGAACUGGAGCAGUUCUCUAUUCCAGGUAAAUAGAAUCACACUAUGGAAAAGGCUGCCGUCCAAAACUGUCUACUUUUCUACAGUUUGGUGAUGGUUAUUGUUGAUUGCUUUGAAAAAGUAAAAUACACAGAAGUGAAAACAUUCCAAAGGAUGAUAAAUUAAAUUGCUUUAGUUUGUAGAAAAGGAAUGGGCAUAUUGCUGUAUUUCUGCCCCACGGGCUGGGAGAACCGGGAGGUGGAAAAAUGGUGUCCAUAUGUCUAUAAAUGAUUUUUCUGAAUCUGCCUCUUCAAAGUUUCUUUUUGAAAUGCUGGACGGAAGGAAUGGAGUUCUGCAGGAAAUAAGAUGUUCUGUUACACACAUGGAGUGGAACCGUAGUGCUGGCAAUCGGCUGGUAUUGAAAGUGGAUGGUGAAACUGGUGUGGCAAAAAGGAAGGAGGCCAUCGUGGUAACAACGGGCAAUGCUGGAGAGCAUCUGUUGCUCUGAGAUGGAUCCUGUGGACCCACACUUCAAGAACUCUGCCUACAAACACUUUUCAGAGCAGAAAUGGUAGCAGUUGCUGCAGUUGUGGUUAUUUUCUUUGAGCUGAGUCCUCUCGAGUAUCUGUUGGGAAUUGUCACCUGUUGUAGGAAGUGCUGUUGUUCAAGCUGAGCUGAGAGGAACUGGAGAGUGGCUCUUAAGAGCAAAAGAGCAGCCAAAUAGGUACUGUAAUGGUGUCCUUAAAGCAGCUUUGCUCAGUGGUGUUCUUUCCAGCGUGGGUGUUACCAGAUUGCUGGGGGGCAUAAAGCGAAAGGGAUGUGUGGCACAGAGCAUAAGUGGCGGUGUCAGGUUUGGGAACAGGUGGUUAGAGUGAUCAGCCUUGGGAGGAAAGUACUUGUUAGCUGUUGGGAUGGAGUUAAAGUGGGAGCCAGUUAGAGCUGUGGGAUUCCUGAUUUUCCCUAAAUCCUGCUUCCAUGUGAUUGCUUAUUGUAAGCAUGAGGAAUGUAUGCUUAGAAGCUGGUUAAAUGUGCCAUUAAUUACAGAGUUAAAGGAAAAAAAAAGAAACAAUAAAUUUAAUUGCAUAUC